AUGGUGCCGUAUACCACAAAGAACCCGGUAUUGUUCAAGCGCAAACCGGUGCAAUAUCUCCCACGACCCACAAUUGAGGAUGAGAGCUCCGAGAUUUGGGUCAUUCCAGAGACCAACGAGGUGUUUCUUAACUAUGAGCCGUUUUUGCAAAGAAUGAACUUCUACAAACAGAAACGGUUCAUCUGUGAAAUCACCGGCCACUCAUCCCUUACUUUUUUUGAAGCUCUCAGAAGCGAAGCUGAAGGCUCAAGAGAAGUCGACAACUCUUUCCCUGAUGCUCUGAAAGACCCCGUUUUGCGCAAGGUCCAAUUUUCAACUGUUUCUAGAUUGGAUAGUCUUGUGGAUCAGGUUUAUGAGGAUUUCAAACAAGACUUUUAUCCCGGCGAGCGGGUCACCGUUCUACUAACCAAUGGCUCCCGUUUACAAGGGAUAGUUCGGGAAAAGGCUAGAUUUCCAGAACUUCGCAGAUCAGACGGAACUGUAGAGCGAAGGGCAUCAUCUCGCUAUCUCGUGAAGCUUACCAGUCGCCAGAAUGAGGAAGCAUUAGUUGAUGACGAGCAUUUGGCGCGCGAUAGAAAGAUAUUCACCAAGCAAAUGCUCAGGUCAUUCAUCAAGAAUACUGUGUCAAGAGAAUCGUGGAACGGUGCACCUUGGCUGGUGAAACCGCAUUUUGCUGACUUCUAUGGAAUCGACACUGAGGUUCCACAGCAUCUUCGAUAUGGGAACAAAGCCGGAAAGAAAGCAAAGGUGUCUGCAGAUAAGCAAGAGGACGAAAAAUUGUUUGGGUUCUUCGCAUCUCAACGCCCACAGCUAAAACCCGCCAGCAAGGGGCAAAAAGCCAAAACCCCCCAGGAACUGGCGAAAGCAAAAGAGGAGCAAUAUGAGGCUUAUAGACGAUCACUAAAUGGAAAUCCUUCGUUUCGAUUACCCAAAAAUGGCCAUUCUAAACCACCACUGCCUCCUUCCGAUAUUCCUUUGAAUUUUGCUUCCGAUGUUGCUGUCUUGAUCAAAACCAAAAGCAUUCCUACCACCCCUCCUCCCCCUCCGCCACCACCCAUCAAGUAUCCUAUUGAGGAUCUUGACAUACCUCCUACCGCUGACAACGAAUCCCGUCCUAGCCUCCACUUUUUGGUAAAUGAUGAAUUUGCAGAGCAGCUGGACCUUGGCCUUAGGAAAGAAUCCGUUGGGGCUGUGUUGGAAACAUGGAAUACUUUGAAUGUUUAUUGUGAAGUAUUCCAACUGGACUCCUUUACUUUUGAUGACUUUGUCGAGGCUAUGCGUUUCUCUUCGGAUGAAGUCAACUGUGAACUUUUCGUGGAAAUUCACUGCGCGGUUCUGAAGACUCUUGUGAACUCUGACAGGAAUCAAGAAGGGGCAGUUCAAAUAGCUUUGCCGGUAGCUCCUGAGGAAGAUUCCGAUAAAGAGUCGGAGGAGUCAGAACCUGAGCCAGAGCCAGAACCAACACGGAGAACCACUCGAAGUAGUUUAGCGAAGGCCGAAAUUCUUGAUUCGCAAAGAAAGCUAUCCGGCCAGGCUACCACCGCUGACGCUAAACUGCAUCGAGCUGCCGAAAUGUUUGGAGAGUAUGGAUGGAUUGAUCGGUUACGAAGACGUGACUUCAAGAGCGGUGGGUGGGAGCUUGUUAUGAUCGGCCUCCUUCAUCAGUUGUCUGGCCGGCCAAGACUGCAGAAAAUUUGCGAUGAGAUCCUAACCCACCUCGCCCCUGUUGAUGCUGAGCCAACACAAGAAACAGCUCACUCACAAUACGCUACCCUCGAUAUUAACCUCCGUGUACAAGCACUGCAGAUAAUCUGCAUGCUUACAUUAGAAACAAAAGCGAUUAAAAACUACCUUGAAGAAUGCAGCAACCAAAUGACAGAGUUUCGGAAAGAGAAAAUUGAACUACAAAGGGCCAGGAAAGCAACUCUCGAAGAAUUACGAAAGCUACAUGAGGAACGAAAAGAGCUGGAGCCGGAACAAGUCCCUUCGCCCGCUCCAGAGGCCGAAGAGAUUGCGGAGGCAAAGUCUCCAGGAACGGAAGAUGAUUCGGAAUCUGUUAGUGGCUCGGACGAAGAGGAAUCGCGUGUUGGACGAUCUCUACGAGGCGGGGCAGACCGAGAACUUGAACGUAAACGAAGACAAGAAGAGGAACGAGCUCGCAAAGAAAUGGCCGCCAAGGUACCAAAGGUGUCCAAACAGUACCAACGGGUACUUAAAAAGAUCGAGGAACUCAAAGCCAAAGUUCAAUCUUACGAGUCAGACAUUGCGGUGCUUGAUAACGAUUUACGAGAAGCUGAUUGUCCAAGGACACGAUUACUUGGAAAAGAUAGAUUUUGGAAUCGCUAUUACUGGUUUGAGAGAAAUGGCAUGCCAUACGCAGGUCUUCCCACAAGUUCAACAGCCUCUGCCGCUUACGCCAAUGGGAGAAUUUGGGUUCAGGGCCCCGACGAAAUGGAACGGGAGGGCUUUAUUGAUCUUCCAGACGACUUAAGUAAAUCGUAUGUUAAGGAUUUUGGAAUGACCGUUGCGCAUCGUAAGAAGAUAGAGGAAGGCUCUACGAGCGUGGUCAAUGCUAAUGAAUGGGGUUACUAUGACGACCCUGAGGAUCUCGACCGACUUAUUGGCUGGCUAGAUACCCGGGGCAUUCGAGAGACGAAGCUUCGCAAAGAACUGCUACUGAAUAAAGACAAUAUUGCGAAGCAUAUGACUAACCGAAAGGAGUACUUGUCGCGAAGUGCGUCCAAAGAUGAGUCCGACGAAGAGCCUCCAACUCGAAUGUCGACACGAACGAAAUCCAAUGAGGAUCGCGACAGCUAUCGUUGUCUAAGGUGGAAGAACACAACAGCUUUGAGAGAUAAUGGACACCUCCAUAUUGAUGCGGAACGUCCGGCAAAGAGAGUACGAAAAUCGACGGAGCAGACUAUUGAAACAAAAACAACUAGCCGCCAAGGAAAGACCCUUACCAGGCAAGGCACUCGGUACAAUUUUUGA